AUGAAGAAAACCAGAGCUAUCCAUGGUGAUGUUGCUGUUAAAUUGGACAUGUCAAAAGCAUUUGACAAGAUGGAAUGGAGCUUCAUCACAAAAAUUCUGCAAAGAUUUGGUUUUAGUGAAAAAUGGUGUCAGCUGGUGGACCAAUGCAUCUCAACUGCUUCCAUAUCUAUAUUGCUCAGUGGUUCUCCAAUUGAAACAAUGAUUCCAACAAGAGGUCUUAGACAAGGAGACAUUUUAUCUCCAUAUCGUUUCGUCAUAUGCAUGGAAAGCUUCAGCAGAAUGAUCCAAACAGAAGUGGAGAAAAAGAACAUCAUUCCUAUAUAUCUAGCUAGAACUGGCCCUCCAGUUUCACGUUUAUUUUUUGCAGAUGACUGCAUCUUGUUUUCUACAGCCAAAAAAUCCUCCAUAGAUAAUCUUCAAAGAGUCAUUCAUAGCUUUUGCAAAGUCUCUGUCCAAAUGGUGAACCUCGGCAAAUCAAGUCUGCACUUCAGUAAGAGACUUAGUGAAGAAGCCAAGAAAUAUGUUUGUGAUACUAUGGGGAUGAACAUUAUGCCUUUAGAUGAGAAGUACUUGGGAAUAAACCUCUUCAUAGGCAGGAAAACAACAAAAUGCUUCAGCAACAUUCAAGAAAAGAUGCAAAAAAGAAUUCAACAAUGGCAAGCUGGGAUGGUUAAUCAAUUAGGGAGAAGCUCACAAAUCCAAUCAGUUACAGACUAUAUGGCUCAAUUUCAGAUGAGGUGUUUUAUCCUUCCUCAACAGACCAUAAACCAAUUAGAAGCAACUCAAAGAAGGCUAGUUCAGGAGAAAGGAAAGAAUUGGGAUCUUAUUCUAGAAGCUAGGUACUUCAAACAAGAAAAUAUUCUUCAAGAAGACUUCUCAGACAAAGGCACUGAAAUUUGGAAAAGCAUAGUUAAAGGCAUUGAAUGGGUGUUAUGUCACAGCAACAUAACUGUUAGAGGAACUAAUUCUAACACUAACAACUGCAAUCCUCCUCAUAGAGGAAUGCUGAAAAUCAACAUUGAUGCCUCUGUUUUACUUGAAAGUCAUUUUGCUGGAAUUGCACUAAUUAUCAGAGAUUUUACAGGUCAACUGGUGGAAGCAUGGACCAUGAUAGAGAGAGUUAGAGAUCUCCCCCAGGCUGAAGCAAUUGCAGCCCUCAAAGCCCUCUAA